CUAGUACGUACCUGUUAAAAUUUAACGAAUUCGGUUCGCGAUCGGUCGUGUUUUCUGUCCGGCGGUUCUUCUUGGCGUAAGUUCGCAGAGUAAAGAGAAAUGAUUAAUAAACAAAAGCCUGAAAAUGUUUAAUAACCAAGUGAACAUAAUUAACCUGUUGCUCUGAGGCAGUGGAUAAUAGAAGAACAAUCGGCGCGCUGCACUUUUCCUGCGAUUGUUGAACAACACCACUACAAAAAGAAGAAGAGGAAGGCAAAGAAACGAGGCAGAAGCAGACGACGGAGAAGAGCGGACGGACCUUCGCAUUUGGAUGCCAAAACCCCGGGAACAGUAAAUGAAGGACGACGAAUAUGGUGAUUGUAACACGUGGUGACUACAUCUGGAUAGAGCCCGCCUCGGGGCGAGAAUUCGAUGUGGCCAUUGGAGCACGUGUCAUCUCCGCGGAGGGUCGACGCAUCCAAGUGCGUGACGAUGAUGGCGACGAGGUCUGGCUGGCCCCCGAGCGUCGCAUCAAGGCCAUGCACGCGUCCUCGGUCCAGGGCGUGGAAGAUAUGAUAUCGCUGGGCGAUCUUCACGAAGCCGGUAUCUUGCGGAAUCUACUCAUACGCUACAAGGAGAAUCUAAUAUAUACCUAUACCGGUUCCAUAUUGGUUGCCGUCAAUCCCUACCAGAUCCUGCCCAUCUACACGGGCGACCAGAUCAAGCUGUAUAAGGAGCGUAAAAUAGGUGAACUCCCGCCGCAUAUAUUUGCCAUUGGCGACAAUGCGUAUGCGCAUAUGAAACGCUACCUCCAGGAUCAGUGCAUUGUGAUCUCGGGCGAAUCGGGGGCGGGCAAGACGGAGAGCACAAAACUGAUCCUACAAUAUCUGGCGGCAAUCAGCGGCAAGCAUUCGUGGAUCGAACAGCAAAUCCUAGAGGCAAAUCCCAUACUAGAGGCCUUUGGCAAUGCCAAAACCAUACGAAACGAUAAUUCUUCCAGAUUUGGCAAAUAUAUAGAUAUACACUUUAGCGCGAAUGGUGUGAUCGAGGGGGCCAAAAUCGAGCAGUAUCUAUUGGAGAAGUCACGAAUUGUCUCCCAGAAUCACAGCGAACGUAAUUAUCAUGUGUUUUAUUGUAUCUUGGCUGGUCUUUCGUCCGAGGAAAAGAGUCGCCUCGAUUUGGGUGCAGCUGCGGAUUAUAAAUAUCUAACAGGUGGGAAUAGCAUAACCUGCGAAGGACGCGAUGAUGCCGCUGAGUUCUCGGAUAUACGAUCCGCGAUGAAGGUUCUACUCUUUUCGGAUCAAGAGAUUUGGGAAAUAAUCAAACUGCUGGCUGCCCUGCUGCACUGCGGCAACAUCAAGUACAAGGCCACGGUGGUGGACAAUCUGGAUGCCACGGAGAUACCCGAGCAUAUAAAUGUGGAGCGUGUGGCUGGACUGCUGGGCCUGCCCAUACAACCAUUGAUUGAUGCUCUGACCCGGCGCACGCUCUUUGCCCAUGGCGAGACGGUGGUGUCGACCCUCUCCCGGGAUCAAUCAGUGGAUGUGCGAGAUGCCUUCGUGAAGGGCAUAUACGGACGACUUUUCGUGCACAUUGUGAGGAAGAUAAAUACGGCCAUUUUCAAGCCGCGUGCAACUUCGCGCAAUGCCAUCGGAGUGCUGGACAUUUUUGGGUUUGAGAACUUUGAUCAGAACAGCUUUGAGCAGUUCUGCAUCAAUUAUGCCAACGAGAAUCUGCAGCAGUUCUUUGUGCAGCACAUAUUCAAGCUGGAGCAGGAAGAGUACAAUCACGAGGCCAUCAACUGGCAGCACAUUGAGUUUGUUGACAACCAGGAUGCCCUCGAUCUGAUAGCCAUCAAGCAGCUGAAUAUUAUGGCGCUGAUCGACGAGGAGGCACGCUUCCCCAAGGGCACGGACACCACGAUGUUGGCCAAACUGCACAAGACCCAUGGAUCGCACAAGAAUUAUCUGAAGCCCAAGUCGGACAUCAACACCAGCUUUGGCCUGAAUCACUUUGCUGGCGUGGUGUUUUACGACACGAGGGGUUUCCUGGACAAAAACAGGGACACCUUCAGUCCGGAUCUGUUGCAUUUGGUUAGCCAGAGUGGCAAUAAAUUCCUCAGGCAGAUCUUUGCCCAAGACAUUGAGAUGGGGGCCGAGACGCGGAAGCGAACGCCCACGUUGUCCACGCAGUUUCGGAAAUCCCUGGAUGCCCUGAUGAAGACCCUGAGCAGCUGUCAGCCCUUCUUUAUACGCUGCAUCAAGCCCAACGAACUGAAGAAACCCAUGAUGUUCGAUCGGGGACUGUGCUGUCGCCAGUUGCGCUACUCGGGCAUGAUGGAAACCAUACGGAUACGUCGCGCUGGCUACCCGAUACGUCACGGGUUCCGUGAGUUUGUGGAGAGAUAUCGCUUUCUGAUACCUGGAGUGCCGCCCGCUCAUCGCACCGACUGCCAGGUGGCCACGUCGCGCAUUUGUGCCAUGGUUCUAGGCAAAUCCGACUAUCAGUUGGGACACACAAAGGUCUUCCUGAAGGAUGCCCAUGAUUUAUUCCUGGAGCAAGAGCGCGAUCGUGUGCUGACGCGCAAGAUCCUCAUACUCCAGCGAAGCAUACGUGGAUGGGUGUACCGCAGGCGGUUCCUGCGUCUGAGGGCUGCUGCCAUCAGUGUACAACGUUUCUGGAAAGGCUAUGCCCAGCGGAAGCGCUACAGGAACAUGCGCGUUGGCUACAUGCGUUUGCAGGCUUUGAUACGUUCGCGUGUGCUGUCGCACCGCUUCCGCCAUCUCAGGGGCCACAUUGUGGGAUUGCAGGCCCAUGCCAGGGGCUACUUGGUUCGGCGCGAGUACGGCCACAAGAUGUGGGCCGUCAUUAAGAUCCAGUCGCAUGUGAGGCGCAUGAUAGCCGUCCGACGCUAUCGCAAGCUGCGCCUCGAGCACAAACAAUUCGCGGAGGUCCUGCAUCUGCGGAAAAUGGAGGAACAGGAGCUGAUGCAUCGCGGCAAUAAGCAUGCCCGGGAAAUUGCCGAGCAGCAUUACCGCGAUCGUCUGCACGAGCUGGAGCGGCGGGAGAUAGCCACACAGCUGGAGGAUCGUCGCCGCGUAGAGGUGAAGAUGAACAUCAUCAAUGAUGCGGCACGCAAGCAGGAAGAGCCCGUGGACGAUGGCAAGUUGGUCGAGGCAAUGUUUGACUUUCUGCCGGACUCCAGCAGCGAUGCCCCGACGCCCCAUGGCGGCAGGGAGACGUCUGUGUUCAUGGAUUUGCCGCAAGGGCAGGCAGCAAACCAGGAGGACAUCAUUGCACAACUGCACGUGUCCGAGGAUGAGGAGGAUCUGUCCGAGUUUAAGUUUCAGAAAUUCGCGGCCACCUAUUUCCAGGGGAAUGUGAACCAUCAGUAUGCUAAGAAGGCCCUAAAGCAUCCACUUCUGCCGCUGCACACGCAGGGAGACCAAUUGGCCGCCCAGGCGCUGUGGAUCACUAUACUGCGAUUCACGGGGGACAUGCCAGAGCCCAAGUAUCAUACAAUGGAUCGCAUGGACACCACAUCGGUGAUGUCCAAGGUGACGGCCACAUUGGGACGUAAUUUUAUCAGGAGUAAGGAAUUCCAGGAAGCUCAGCUUAUGGGCCUGGAUCCGGAUGCCUUUCUCAAGCAGAAGCCGCGCUCUAUACGCCACAAACUCGUCUCGUUGACGCUGAAGCGCAAGAACAAGCUGGGCGAAGAUGUGCGUCGGCGACUGCAAGACGACGAGUACACAGCGGAUAGCUAUCAGUCCUGGCUGCAGUCGCGUCCCACCUCGAACCUGGAGAAGCUGCACUUCAUUAUCGGCCAUGGCAUACUGCGCGCCGAGUUGCGCGACGAGAUUUACUGUCAGAUAUGCAAGCAGUUGACCAAUAAUCCCUUGAAAUCCUCGCAUGCCCGUGGCUGGAUACUGCUGUCCCUGUGCGUGGGCUGCUUUGCGCCAUCGGAGAAGUUUGUCAAUUAUCUGAGGGCCUUUAUACGCGAGGGUCCGCCCGGCUAUGCGCCCUACUGCGAGGAGCGGCUGAAGCGCACGUUCAACAACGGCACGCGCAAUCAGCCGCCCUCGUGGCUGGAGCUGCAGGCCACGAAAUCGAAGAAGCCCAUCAUGCUGCCAAUCACGUUUAUGGAUGGAAACACAAAGACACUGCUGGCGGACUCGGCCACGACGGCCAGGGAGCUGUGCAAUCAGCUGUCGGACAAGAUAACGCUCAAGGACCAGUUCGGAUUCUCCCUGUACAUUGCCCUCUUCGAUAAGGUCAGUUCUCUGGGCAGUGGCGGGGAUCACGUGAUGGAUGCCAUUUCCCAGUGCGAGCAAUAUGCCAAGGAGCAGGGCGCCCAGGAGAGGAACGCCCCUUGGCGAUUGUUCUUCCGCAAGGAGAUCUUUGCCCCCUGGCAUGAGCCCACCCACGAUCAGGUGGCCACCAAUCUGAUCUACCAGCAGGUGGUGCGUGGCGUCAAAUUCGGGGAGUAUCGCUGCGACAAGGAGGAGGAUCUGGCCAUGAUUGCGGCCCAGCAAUACUUUAUCGAAUAUGGAACGGACAUGUCCAUGGAGCGGCUGUUCACGCUGCUGCCCAACUUUAUACCCGAUUUCUGUUUGAGUGGCGUCGACAAGGCGAUCGAAAGAUGGGCUGCCCUUGUGCUGCAGGCCUACAAGAAGUCCUACUAUGUGAAGGACAAGAUUGCAGCGCUCAAGAUCAAGGAGGAUAUUGUCAGUUAUGCGAAAUACAAGUGGCCUCUGCUCUUCUCCCGCUUCUACGAGGCCUAUCGCAAUUCGGGACCGAAUCUACCGAAGAACGAUGUCAUCAUCGCCGUUAACUGGACGGGCGUCUAUGUGGUGGAUGAUCAGGAGCAGGUGCUGCUGGAGCUGAGCUUCCCCGAGAUCACAGCCGUGUCCAGCCAGAAGACCACAAAAGUGUUCACGCAGACAUUUAGUUUGUCGACAGUUCGGGGCGAAGAGUUUACAUUCCAGAGUCCAAAUGCAGAGGAUAUCAGGGAUUUGGUUGUGUAUUUCCUGGAUGGCCUAAAGAAGCGUUCGAAAUACGUCAUAGCCUUGCAGGAUUAUCGCGCCCCCUCGGAUGGCACGAGUUUCCUUUCGUUUUUCAAAGGCGAUUUGAUCAUUUUGGAGGAUGAAUCAUGCGGCGAAUCUGUGCUGAACAAUGGCUGGUGCAUAGGACGCUGCGAUCGCUCCCAGGAGCGUGGCGAUUUCCCCGCCGAAACGGUCUAUGUGCUGCCAACACUCAGCAAGCCGCCACAGGAUAUACUCGCGCUGUUCAACAUUGAGGAUGCGGCGCAUCAUGGACGUCGCCUGAGCAUGGCCUCGAAUGGCGGGACCGUUGAGCCCCGAGAUCGACCGCAUACGCUGAUGGAAUACGCACUGGAUCACUUCCGAUUGCCGCCCAAGCGCACCAUGUCCAAGACGCUGACGCUCAGCUCGAAACGAAGCGAGGAGUUGUGGCGCUAUUCGAGGGAUCCCAUCAAGCUGCCGCUGCUGCGCAAGCUGCAAAGCAAAGAGGAGCUGGCCGAGGAGGCCUGCUUUGCCUUUGCCGCCAUACUGAAGUAUAUGGGGGAUCUGCCCUCGAAGCGACCCCGAAUGGGCAACGAGAUCACAGAUCAUAUAUUCGAUGGACCGCUGAAGCAUGAGAUACUCCGAGAUGAGAUCUAUUGUCAGCUGAUGAAGCAGCUCACGGACAAUCGCAAUCGCAUGUCCGAGGAGCGGGGAUGGGAACUGAUGUGGUUGGCCACGGGGCUAUUUGCCUGCUCGCAGGGACUGCUGAAGGAACUGUCGCUAUUCCUGCGCACACGGCGUCAUCCCAUCUCGCAGGACUCGAUGCAUCGUCUGCAAAAGACCAUACGCCAUGGACAACGCAAAUAUCCGCCACAUCAGGUGGAAGUGGAGGCCAUACAGCACAAGACAACGCAAAUCUUUCACAAGGUCUACUUCCCCGACGACACGGACGAGGCCUUCGAGGUGGACAGCUCCACGAGGGCCAAGGAUUUCUGCAACAACAUCUCGCAGCGCCUGUCGCUGCGCACCAGCGAGGGCUUCUCUCUGUUUGUGAAGAUUGCCGACAAGGUGAUCUCUGUGCCAGAGGGUGAUUUCUUCUUUGACUUUGUGCGCCAUCUGACCGACUGGAUAAAGAAGGCGCGACCCAUACGCGACGGUGCCAAUCCACAGUUCACCUACCAGGUGUUCUUCAUGAAGAAACUGUGGACGAACACAGUGCCAGGCAAGGAUCGCAAUGCGGAUCUUAUAUUCCACUAUCAUCAGGAGCUGCCGAAACUUUUGCGUGGCUACCACAAGUGCUCCAGGGAGGAGGCGGCCAAGCUGGCGGCCUUGGUCUUCCGCGUGCGAUUUGGUGAAAAUAAAACAGAACUGCAGGCCAUACCACAAAUGCUGAGGGAACUGAUUCCAUCAGAUAUUAUGAAAAUGCAGAGCACCAAUGAAUGGAAGCGUUCGAUUGUGGCCUCGUAUAACCAGGAUGGUGGCAUGACCUCGGAGGAUGCCAAGGUGGCCUUCUUGAAGAUUGUCUACAGAUGGCCAACGUUUGGUUCUGCCUUCUUUGAGGUGAAACAAACCACCGAACCGAAUUAUCCGGAAAUGUUGCUUAUAGCUAUCAACAAGCACGGCGUGAGUCUCAUACAUCCCGUGACCAAGGAUAUCUUGGUCACGCAUCCCUUUACACGCAUCUCGAACUGGUCGUCCGGCAACACGUACUUCCACAUGACCAUUGGCAAUCUGGUGCGGGGCUCCAAGCUGCUUUGCGAAACAUCGCUCGGCUACAAGAUGGACGAUCUGUUGACCUCGUACAUUUCGCUGAUGCUGACCAAUAUGAACAAGAAUCGAACAAUACGAGCCAACUAGUAAACACACACAGCAAAUAUUUAUAAUAAUUAUAAAUGAUAACUUGCAAUAACUUACAUAUACACAUAUGCCUUAGUACUCUCUAGAUUUAAGUAAAUCCCCCCACCAUGCAUUCACUCCGUCCCCACCACCACCCCGACUCCCCACUCAGAAUUCAUUCCACGCUUUGCUAUCGAUUAUACCAAAACCAAUUUUUCUCAUUAUUUUGUUUUGUUUUAUAGACUCUUUGUUUGUUUCGUUUUUGCGCGUUUUUGUUUCUUGUAUAAAUUUGGCAAAACAAACUGCUUUAGGUAUUUUUUAUGGCACAUUCCACAGUUUACUUAAAUUAUUGAAAUA